CACUUCUGCUAGUCGCCCUUGCCUGUAAAAGUGGGAGACUCAUUUCGCUGCCUCUGCUGUUGUCUACCGUACUCAUCGAAGCGCUGUGACUAGACUGGAAAUCAUUAUUUUCGAACUUCUGAUUGGAAAUUCUGGGUUUAUUAAAGAUUUUGCUGGGGAGCGACUAGUCAUUUAGUUUGACACUAUUCCUGGGAACGCUAUUUUUCAGCUACCAUCAGCCUGAAAUUUAGUGCGCUCAUUUUAAACAUGCUGGCGCGGAACGCCUGUAAUUUAGCCAGCCGGAAAUCGGUGAUUUCCGGAUUGUCCGCAUCUCCCAUUCGAUCGUAUCUGCAGCAGGUUCCUGCUCGAUGUUUAUCAGUCGGGAGAGUCGGGAAAGCUAAUACUACAGCAGACCGUACAUCGCCUUUGUACCGCACACAUUCUUCUGCUGGAAUAUGCGUCGAAAGGAGAGCGGUGUUGCGGUUCUUUUACCGGCCACUUCGCACUACGGCAUUUCUGAAUGACGAAAUUCGGACAAUAAACACACCCCCUUUUGCUGAUUCCAUUUCCGAAGGAGAUGUCAGAUGGCAUAAAGCCGUGGGCGAUCAGAUUAAAGAAGACGAUAUUGUGUGUGAAAUCGAAACGGAUAAGACUGCUGUACCAUGCCCAUCACAAGUUUCCGGUGUCAUCGAAGAACUGUUGGUGAAAGAUGGCGAGAAAGUGACCAAAGGGGCUGCUUUGUAUAAAAUUCGCGUAGGUGCUACAUCUGGCAAGGCUGCAGAUAAGCUUAAAGAUAAAGCAGAGCCAGAGAAAAAAGAAGCCAAAGAAGAAAAGAAAGAGAAGCCGUCGGGUGAAGAGAAGCCGAAACGCGCUGAAGGGGAGAAGGCGAAAGGUGGGGAGGGUGAUGCCCAGAGCGGACCUAUUCCAACAAAGAAACCAAACGUUCCCGCUCCACCGAAGGAGCCUCUGAAAUCUAAGCCAACAUCGUCUGUACCGGUUACACCGGCUGCAUCACAAUCUAAGGCUGGUGCCAUUUCGGGAUCACGCUCGGAGCACCGGGAAAAGAUGAACAGAAUGCGGCUGCGGAUUGCAGAGCGACUAAAAGAGGCUCAGAACACUGCAGCUAUGCUUACAACUUUUAAUGAAGUGGAUAUGUCAAACAUUAUUGAGAUGCGCAACAAAUACAAGGAUGCGUUUAUGAAAAAGCACGGGGUUAAACUGGGAUUCAUGUCCCCGUUUAUUAAAGCUGCUGCCUAUGCUUUACAAGAUCAGCCGGUCGUCAACGCAGUUAUCGACGGGACCGAUAUUCUUCACCGCGAUUAUAUUGAUAUUAGUGUGGCUGUUGCCUCUCCGAAAGGUCUGGUGGUCCCGGUUAUCCGUAAUGUGGAAGAUAUGUCCUAUGCUGAUAUUGAGCUUACGUUGGAAGCGCUGAGUGGAAAGGCACGAGAUGGCACGUUAGCUAUUGAAGAUAUGACGGGUGGGACAUUCACUAUUAGCAACGGCGGUGUUUUCGGUUCGCUCUUCGGCACUCCCAUUAUUAAUCCUCCUCAGUCGGCCAUUUUGGGCAUGCACGCUACCAAUGACCGUCCUGUGGCUGUGAAUGGCCAGGUGGUCAUUCGGCCUAUGAUGUACGUAGCGUUGACUUACGACCAUCGCCUGAUUGAUGGACGGGAAGCAGUAACGUUCUUAAAAAAAAUCAAGCAGGUUAUCGAAGACCCUAGACUUUUGCUUUUGGACCUUUAAUAUUUCUUGUAGCUUUCUGUGUGAUAGAUUUCUAGUUUAGUGUGCUAACAUGAGUGGAUGAUCCUUAUUGACCACAAUCUUUUCGGAAACUUUGGUUUGGUCAUCUGUUUUCAGACAGGGAAUGUUUCUUCAGUUAUGGGCUAUGAUUUGUUUAUUUUCGAUAGUAGAUGGGUUUUAUAGUUGGUACUGUGCAUGUUGGUAUCCCCUCUGUCAUAUUCCACUGGAGGUAAAAGAUCCAUGUCAAAAGCCGGCUGUUUUCGGAGUAAAUAGCAGGCAAACUG